AUGGAGAGAGCGGCAGUGCCGGUCCUGAGCAAGGUCGGGCAGGUGCUGGUGGACGAGCUCCAGGACAUCCGCGGCGUAGGCAACAAGGUCAUCCAACUCCGGGACGAGCUGGCCACCAUGAACGCCGUCCUCCGCGUUAUCUCCGAGGCGAAGGAGGGCUCCGUCGACCACAUCGUCCGGGAGUGGGAGAAGCAGGUGCACGACCUCGUCUACGAUGCCGAGGACUGCACCGACACCUACUCGCUCUGCAUCAGCCGCCCCAUGGCGCGCCCGUCCAUCUACGCCCGCGCCAAGCGCGUUGCCAGGUAUCCGUACAAGAAGCUUGUGCUGCAGCGCGCCCUCGCCGCAGACAUCAAGGAUCUCCUGGUGCGUACCACUGCCGUCAGCGAACGCCGUGCUCGCUACAACAUCGACCGGGCCACGCUGCCAAGAGCUGCCUUCUUGGCCCCCGUCUCGGCAGCGUCUAUCUCCACGAAUGCUCUCCGCCGUGUCAACGACCCUGAUCAGUUCGUGGGCAUAACAGAGCAGGCCGACACCCUGGCUACUAAGAUCAAGGGGCCUAUGCAUGUUCAGCAUGACGAGAGCACGGCUCCGGUCCAUGAUGAGGAUGGCCAGAUCAAUGUGGAGGUCCAUGAUGAGGAUGGCAAGAGUCUCAAGGUGCUCUCCAUUGUGGGGUUCGGAGGGCUGGGGAAGACAACCCUGGCCAUGGAGUUGUGCCGGCAACUGGACGUGGACUUCCCCUGCCAGGCGACGGUGUCCGUCUCACAAGCAUUCAAUGUAGAGAAGGACAUGGAGGGACUGCUGAAACGACUGCUCCAGCAGCUCAGCAAUAAGAAAGGGGAUGAUAAGCAAACCAACCCGAUGGAUGUGGAAGGGCCAUCCAGCAGGAUCAUGAAGCUCCUCAAGGAGACGAGAAUCAUUGUGACAACUCGGAUAAAGGCAGUGGCUGCGGCCUCUAGUGUCGACUUUGUCCAUCAUAUGAAGCCCCUAUUAAAAGAAUCAUCUGAGAAAUUAUUUGUCAGAAGAGUGUUUAGCUCCGCAAAGAAGGGUGAUUGCCCCAAAGAACUUCAAGAAACCAUGGAUAUAAUUUUGAAAAAAUGUGGUGGCUUGCCGUUGGCCAUCGUUAGCAUCGCUAGCCUUCUGCCAAGCUCUACGUCAGCUGAGAGCAUAGAUAUGUGGAAACAAGUUUCUAGAUCAAUUAGUUCUCAUAUGGAAAGCAACCGUGCCCUCGAGGGGAUGAGGCAGUUGAUUACACUCAGCUAUGACUACCUACCUCAUUAUCUGAAGGCUUGCAUGAUGUAUGUGAGCAUUUUCCCGGAGGAUUAUAUGAUUGCCAAGGAUAGACUGCUAUACAGAUGGAUUGCUGAAGGUCUGGUCACUGAGAAACGGGGCUUGACUUUGUUGGAGGUUGCAGAAGAAUACUUCAACGAGUUGAUAAGUAGGAACAUGAUUCAACUAGACAAGUUUGUCAUGGUGUCCAAAUCCCAUGAGUCUAACUUUGUUAGCUUGGUAGGGCGUGAAUUUGGAGGGAAGACAGAUGGACAUGGCAAGGUCCGCCGCCUCUCCAUCCACGAUAAUGGCCAUGACGAGCAUCAUCAUUCAAGGCAUGGCAUUGAGGCGAUGAAGCUACAGCAUGUCCGGUCAUUGACCACAUUUCAGCGUGACGGUUUUGGCAAGCUACUGGAUCACCUAGGUGAGUUCAAAUUGCUGAGAGUACUUGACCUGGAAGAUUGCCAGGCCCUGAGAAACAAGCACAUGAGAGAUGUCUGCCGACUGUAUCUUCUCAAGUUCUUGAGCUUGAGGAAUACAAACGUCGCAAAGAUGCCUCGCAAAGUUGGCAAUCUAGAGCACUUGGAGACCCUUGAUGUAAAACACUCACACAUCUGGAAGUUGCCACGAACUGUGACAAAGCUAAGCAAACUAGAGCGCCUACGGUCCAACAGUGUCAUAAUCCAUGCAGAAGUCGAUGAUGGGUGUUUGACUAACCUUGCCUCCUCCUUGAGCAAGACAAGCAGCCUCCGGUUGCUAAAUGUGAAAUUCGGGAGGAGUAGUUGUUUGGAGUUUCUCCCUAUCUUCUCCAAGCCGCCGCCACUUCUCCAAUGCCUUGGUGUGUUUGACCGAGGCAUUAGCCAAUUGCCCGACUGGAUCUCAUCACUCACACACCUCACAAAGAUUGAAGUGGGAGAGGCAAAAGAACUUGAUGGUGACAAGUUAUUUAAUGUCUUGUGUAAGGUGCCCAAGCUUCACAGUGUUCGUCUGAAGGACAUUGACUGCAAAAACGGAAGAGAACUGGUUGCACGCGGCAAACACAGCUUCCCGGUGCUAAGGAUCCUGAAGGUGGUCGGAUUUUCCAGCAAGCUCGUGUUCGAGAGAGGAUCAAUGACAAAGCUGGAGACCCUUGUGUUGUUUUUUUAUAGCGAGAGGAUGAGCGUUGUUGGCCUCAAGAACUUGGAAAGCCUUAAAGAGGCCAAGCUCAGUGGUAGUAAAAGCAACCUGGAAAUGGAACGUGCGGUGGAGCAGCUCAGGACUCACCCCAAUCAGGUCAAACUUGUAGUGGAGUAUUGGGACUGAGGUGCGCAUCUUGGGGGCUGCUUCUCCUGUUCGUUUUCUACAGCCUUAAUUAGUGUAAUUUUCCUUUCAACUGCUUGUGUGUGUGUGUGUGUGUGUGUGUGUGUGUGUUCCCUAGCUAAAUUCUGUUUAGAGUUCAGACUCGAUCGAGCAUUUAUUUGUACUAUGGUUUUUCAUGUGUGUGAACUGGACUACUGAAGUGGCAAAUAAAACACCUUGUAUGUUGUAAGGUGAGCGUAAUUCUACAAGCAUGUCGUGCUAUUUCAUCUUUUUGUUGUUACCACUGUCUAAGCUUCAGCGGAAGCAUCCGUUUUGUCAGCGCUGAUGACAUGAGAAUUUGGGUGCUAACUUUAUUUCAGGAACUCACCUAGAGAUUUUCAUAACCUUUCAACUGAAGGGAAUUUUCAGAGAGAGAGAGAGAAGCUAAGAAAAAUUACCUACUA